CAGGAUGACGACUUCAGGUGCCCUGUUUCCAAGCCUGGUGCCAGGUUCCCGCGGCUCGUCCAACAAGUAUUUGGUGGAGUUUCGGGCAGGAAAAAUGUCACUGAAAGGAACAACGGUCACCCCGGACAAGCGGAAGGGGCUGGUGUACAUUCAGCAGACCGACGACUCCCUCAUUCACUUCUGCUGGAAGGACAGGACGUCGGGCAGCGUGGAGGACGACUUGAUUAUCUUCCCUGAUGACUGUGAAUUUAAGCGGGUGCCUCAGUGCCCCAGCGGGAGGGUCUAUGUGCUCAAGUUCAAGGCAGGAUCCAAGCGGCUCUUCUUCUGGAUGCAGGAGCCGAAGACGGAUCAGGAUGAGGAGCACUGUCGGAAGGUCAAUGAGUACCUGAACAACCCCCCGAUGCCCGGCACGCUGGGGGCCAGCGGCAGCGGCAGCCACGAGCUCUCUGCACUCGGCGGUGAGGGCGGCCUGCAGAGCCUGCUGGGAAACAUGAGUCACAGCCAGCUCAUGCAGCUCAUCGGACCGGCUGGCCUGGGAGGACUCGGUGGGCUUGGGGCCCUGACUGGGCCGGGCCUGGCCAGCUUACUGGGGAGUGGAGGGCCUCCGGCCAGCAGCUCAUCGUCCAGCUCCCGGAGCCAGUCAGCUGCCGUCACCCCCUCCUCCACCACCUCUUCUGCCCGCACCACCCCAGCCCCUUCUGCACCAGCAGCCGCCUCUGCGACCAGUCCGAGCCCCGCGCCCAGUUCAGGUAAUGGAACCAGCACAGCAACAAGCCCAACCCAGCCCAUCCAGCUGAGUGACCUGCAGAACAUUUUAGCCACUAUGAACGUGCCAGCGGGGGCAGGCGGCGGCCAGCAAGUCGAUCUGGCCAGCGUGCUCACGCCCGAGAUCAUGGCGCCCAUCCUGGCCAACGCCGACGUCCAGGAGCGCCUGCUGCCCUACCUGCCCUCGGGGGAGUCUCUGCCCCAGACCGCGGAGGAGAUCCAGAACACGCUGACCUCCCCCCAGUUCCAGCAGGCCCUGGGCAUGUUCAGCGCGGCCUUGGCCUCGGGGCAGCUGGGCCCCCUCAUGUGCCAGUUUGGCCUGCCAGCGGAGGCCGUGGAGGCUGCCAAUAAGGGCGAUGUGGAAGCAUUUGCCAAAGCUAUGCAGAACAGUGCCAAGUCAGAGCCGAAAGAGGGCGACGUGAAGGACAAGAAGGACGAGGAGGAGGACAUGAGCUUGGAUUAAGUCAUCUGGGUGUCUGAGGAGCGGAGAGGCUCCGUAGUGGUAACUUCAGUAGUGGCGUUUGUGGCUCCUUGCAGACCUUUGCAUCUGUCUAAACUUCCUCAUAAAUAAAAGUCUUUUCUUUUA